AUGGGAGUAUUUCGAUUUUUCUAUUCAAGUGCAUGUCAUCAUGGAGUGACAAAAAAUGCUCUUGCAGCUCUCCGUAAAAAAACAGGAUGUACUUUUGCCAAUUGCCGAAAAGCUUUAGAGCUUCAUAAUAAUGAUGAAAUUAAGGCCGAAGAAUGGCUGAAAGAACAAAUUAAAAGUCUAGGAUGGAUCACAGCUGAAAAACUACAGAGUAGAGCUGCUAGUCAAGGUUUGAUUGGUAUAGCUAGUUCGAAAAAAAAAGUAGCCAUGGUGGAAAUCAAUUGCGAAACUGAUUUUGUAUCCAAAAAUGAAAAAUUUAAAAAUAUGGUCAAUAUAGCUGCAAAGGCUUGUUUAAAAUAUCCAUUAUUGUCAUCAGGAACUGAUACACAUACAAUACUACUAAAUUCAGAAACCAUGGGUAAAUUAAAAGUGGGAAAUGAAACUUUAAAAGACCAAUUAGCUGUAUUAGUAGGAACAAUCGGUGAAAAUUUAUUAUUGAAGCGAGCAUUUUGUUUCGAAACAACAAAUGAUGAUAUUGAAGUCGCAUAUUCCAUACAUCCACCUUGCCAAAACUCAGAUGUCCUCAUCGGAAAAUUUGGAUCAUUCAUCUCAUACAGAAGAUUAAAAGGAGAAAAUGUAAACGGGGAUGUGAAACCUACUGAUAAUGUAGGUUAUUCGUUAUGUCAACACAUAAUCGGUAUGAGCCCAUCUAAAAUAGGAGAAUAUAAUGUAGAUGAACCGAGUAAAAAUUCAAAUGAUGAAAAGAUUUUUAUAUACCAAGAUUUUUUAUUUGAUGAAACAAAAACUGUUGGAGAAAUUUUAAACGAGUCUCAAAUUGAAAUAUUAGAUUUCAAAAGAUUUGAAUGUGGGGAAGCAGAACCGGAAAAAACGACAGAACAAUAA